UUUUAUUGUGAACAAUCGUGUUACGUGGCUCUAUCGAGGGAGGUCCCUGCUCGGUCAAUGUCUAUGUAUAGGACGGUGUCGAUCCGUGCCCGAGAUGCUGGCGAGAGUAUAUAUAAUAGACUCAAGCUUGCAAGUGUCUUCUUUUCUCCCUUCACCCACAACCCCUUUCGCGCAUCUGUCUUCGAUUCACCAUGUCCUCUCUUCAAGCUCCACGUCGCAUCCUCACCUCACACACCUCUUCGGGAGAGGUCGAGAUCCAGGAUGAUGCCCUCCGAGGCUUUCCUGUCGGGGAUGGCAUGACCAUGAGCCUCGCAUAUGUUCAGAAGGGGUUUCCUGCGGACCCGAAGAUGGCCAUCGAAGGUGUCGGAUCUAUGCCUGACGGACCUUUCCAGAGUGAUGGCACCGUCGCGGCAUUCCUAGACUUUGAAGCAGGCAAGAAGACUCCGAUGCACUUCACCAAAACCCUAGACUACUUGCUCGUCAUCAGCGGUGAACUCACUCUGACUUUGCACGACGGUACCGCCAAGACUGUAAAAGCUGGAGAGCUUGUCGUCCAAGCUGCAAAUGUGCAUCAGUGGUCGAAUGAGACCUCGGAGACUGCCCGAACAUUCGCCGUUGUCAUUCCGUCGAAAGCACGGGAGAUUGAGGGUAAAAACCUCACCGACGCACUUGGGGCUCAGGAAGGAUUCGCAUCUUGAUCAUGUGUCGGGUUGACGGCUCCAUUACAUGCUAAAAGAUGGCAAUUGGCUCGAAGAGAAGGCCACGUAGGAAGCUGCUUGCAUGAACA